CAGAGUCUGUAUCAGGGCAGAGCAGGCUGGUCUCCAGCACAGAGCGGGGGAGAGAGGGAGGAAGAAGGACUCAGAGGGGGGUGACGUGUGUGUGUCCCCUUGUGCCGGCCCGUCUGCCUGCACCCCAGGAAUGGGGGCCCCAGUAACCCCGGCCUGCCUGCUGCUCCUCCUGCACCUGACAGCUGGGACGUCUGCAGAGCCGCACUAUGUGGUGGUGAGCCCAGCCGUACUCUACCACCCGCACACGGGGACGAUGUCAGUUCAUCUCAGCGACCUCAACGAGACCGUCCGGGUGAGCAUCCGGCUGGAGAGGGGGGAUGGGCCCAGCGCUAUCACCCUGCUGGAGAGAGAUGUCCAGGAGCCCCGUCUGCACGAGAACGUGCGGUUCCAGGUUCCAGCCCCAUCCAAGGGGCAGCAGGAAGUGGCAGAGCUGCACGUCUCAAUCCGGGGAGAUGCCCUGCAGUUCUCUGAGCGGAAGAAAGUGCUGCUGCAGGCGCUGCAGCCCGGGACCUUUGUGCAGACGGACAAGGCCGUCUACAAGCCGGGACAGACAGUGAAGUUUCGAAUCCUCAGUUUGGACGUAAACUUCGUUCCCAGUACCCGGAAGCUGCCCCUGGUGACCGUGCAGGAUCCCAGCGGGAACCGCAUCGCCCAGUGGCGAGAUGUGACUCCGCAGCAGGGCAUAGUGGAUCUGUCCCUCCCACUGUCUGCAGAGCCGGCCGUGGGGACGUAUGCCAUCAACAUUCAGAGGACGUGGCACUCGUUCAGCGUGGAGGAAUACGUGCUGCCCAAGUGUGACGUGACCCUCGAGCUGCCCCCCGUGGUGAUGGUGCUGGAUGAGACGAUCCUGCUGCAAGUGUGCGGCCGAUACACCUACGGGAAGCCAGUCCUGGGGAGGGUCCAGGCCAGCCUUUGUCGGCAACAUUACUCCAUGUUUUAUUCUGAUACCGACCAAGGUGGGGAUCUGUGCAUAGAGCUGACAGGCCAGACUGACCGAAAUGGCUGCUUUUCCAGAGAGGUGGGGACGGCUCCCUUCAACCUUACCCACUCUGGCUACGAGAUGAGUCUCCAGGCCAAUGCCUCUCUAGUGGAGGAGGGGACAGGGGUGGAGCUCAACGCAACCAAGAGCUGUGACAUCGUGUCUGAAAUCGCUACGGUGACCUUUGAGGACGAUGACAAUACCUACAAGGCUGGAAUCCCCUACACUGGCAAGAUGCUCCUGAAGGCGGCAGAUGGCUCUGUGCUGAAGAAUGAGAAGCUGCAGCUCUUUGUUAGCUAUGGGGAUAAGAAUAAGAACCAGACCUUCCUGACCGACGAGUCUGGCAGAGCCUCCUUCGAGCUGGACACCUCCAGCUGGACCGGGUGGGUCACUCUGAAGGGGCACUUCAAGCAGGUGGAUGGCAACUCUUUGAAUGGGAGAGACUAUCCCAGUUACCGGGAUGCCGAUCGUCACCUGGAGCCCUUGUACUCCAAGAGCCAGAGUUUCCUGAAGAUCCGCUCGCUGGGAGGCGUGCUGUCCUGCGACCAGGCCCAGCAGCUCCAGGUCGAUUACGUCAUUGCUCGGGAGGCCCUAGGGAAUGGGUCCAGGAACCUGGAUUUCAUCUUCCUGGUUGUGGCCAAGGGAGCCAUCGCCAGGAUCCUCCACAAGGGGCUUGAUCUCAGUGAGGGGGCUGGGCUGAAGGGCUCCUUCUCCGUGGAGCUGCCCAUCGGCACUGACCUGGCUCCCGCUGCCAUGGUGCUUGGUUACACGGUGCUGCCCGAUGGUGAGAUGGCUGCCGACCGCGCCCGGCUGCACAUGGCCAAGUGCCUCCCGAACAAGGUGAAGCUGGCCUUCUCGCAGGACCGGGCCCUGCCGGGCUCAGAGCUCCAGCUGCGGGUGCAGGCUGCCCCCGGGUCCCUGUGCGCCGUCCGCGCCGUGGAUCAGAGCGUGCUGCUCAUGAAGCCCGAGGCCGACCUCAGCAUCGAUAGGGUCUAUAACUUGCUCCGCAAUUUUCCCCACGGAGGCUAUCCCACUGCAGAUCAAGUGACUCUGCAAUAUGAUUGUCCACACAUAAGUAAGGGAGUGCCUGGACACACAGGACCUCAAGGAGUGCCUGGACACACAGGAGAACGAGGAGUGGCUGGACAAGCAGGACGUCCAUUUCUUAACUUCCGUGAGGCUCGUUACCAGAGGCGGCGCAGAGGGACUAGCAGCUAUAUCCCCCCUCAGCCUGACGCCUACAACCUGUUUAAG